CCAUUCAUAUAUCGUUAACCGUUUUAUUUCCCUCAUAACACACAACUACCACCAAACAAACUAAAACCAAUCAUUUCAACCCAAAAAGAAAAAAAGAAAAUCUCAAUUUUUUUCUCUGUUUUCUUGAAUUUUUUCAAGCUUAGUUUUCUUUGAUUUUCGAAAGGGUCUAUUUUUUUCCCUCAUUUUCUUGUUUUUUGGUUCGAAAAAGAACCAAAAAAGACACCAUUCCAUUAGAAGCAAGAACAAGAACUCAUGGAAUUGAAGGAGAUGGUGGUUCUUGUAUCACGUUCUGGCCGGCAUUUGCAACGUUACAACAUGGGUCGUCGCCAAGUUGUCGGAUGUAUACCUUACAGAUAUAAAGAUUUCACUGAGUUAUCGUCGGUAGAUGAAGAUGCAUUUGAAGUUCUUCUGAUAAGUCCUCAAAGAAAAGGCAAAGGAUUGUUAUUCCCAAAGGGAGGUUGGGAAAAAGAUGAAACGAUUGAAGAUGCAGCACAGCGUGAGACAGUGGAGGAAGCUGGAGUGCGAGGUGAAGUUGAGUGUAAACUGGGAACAUGGUACUUUGAGAACAAAACUGGUGACACUGCCUAUGAAGGGCACAUGUUUCCUCUGUUUGUAACAGAACUACUAGACUCUUGGCCCGAGAAAGAGAUUCGCGAAAGAACUUGGAUGAAUGUGCGGGAAGCAAGAAAACUGUGCCAAAACGGGUGGAUGAAAGAAGCGUUGGAACUAUUAGUAAGCCGCCUCACAUCACAGAGCAGACGGACCAAAGGGGAACUAUUUCCAGGAAUCGAACGUACCUCUAGUGGUAGAGCAACUAUUCUGCCUUUGGGAUGUAGAGCUCAAAUACUUUCUCCGCCACUACCAAGUUCUACUGAAGAAGCGUAGUCUCCAUUGAUAUCGGUCUACUGUCAAAUCAAACAUGGUAGAAGUAGUUUGUGAAUAGGAAUUAAUCACCGAAAAUGGUCAAUCUAGCAUGCGGAUUAAGUAGUUCAGCGCAACUCCAAUUUUAAGGGAACAAAGAAAAAGUCCUAAGAGGUAGUCAUAGGAGUAUGUUGUUUGUUUGUUAUUUUAGAACUGGAGUUGUUUGACACAAUCGAGAUUUAGACGCCAGAGCUGGCAAAGGAGAUCUGCACCUAAGUUCAGGCUUAGAAAUGAAGUCUUUGAAAGAUGUAGUAUCCCAUUUUAAUACGUCUAAUGUAAUCCUUAGUAGCAAAUGCUAGUUAUAUAAUUUUAGCAGUCAAUGUAGGUAGCAAUAGUUAGUAGUCAGUUUAAUAGAACAUCUAAGCUUAAUGAAGUAAUCGUCAUUUGUAAAUAACUACCAGAAAUAGUGCUGUGGGAAAUUAUUGCAUUGAAUUAUUGGAUGUUCUGUUGGUUAA